UGAACAAAUAAGUGAAUUCAUAAGUAUUGACACUUUCAGACCUAUAUGUCAUUUGUUUCAAUGCAUUCUCGACCAAAGAAUAACUUUAAUGUCGAAUAACUUAUAAACUUAUUGUGCGAUCUAUAGGCACAACAUAUUCUGCGGGUGUGACUACUGUAUUGGAUAUUCAGCAAAAAAUAUAAGUUUGUGCUUAAAAUUGUUUUUUAAUACUUUUCAUAAUCAGUAGUUGUGGCGAAAGUAUGUCACAAAUACCUGUAUUUGUUGUAUUGCUAUUCCUAACUGUUCCACAAACAUACCUGAGCGCUGGCGAUGAGACUAACUUAUUGACUAAAUUGGACUGUCAGCCGGGAGAAAAGCGUAUAUUUGAUUACGAGAGCACAACCCAACUCUGGGGACCCCUUCAAGAAAAUUUCUUAGUUAGAGCUGAUGUUAUUGUCCAUUGUUUGGGAACCGAUGAAAAUGGCAAAUAUGGGGCACAGGGCUUGAAAUAUAUGGUCCAAAUCGAGAACUUGAAGCCAUCAGUCGUUAAGGAGAAACAGAAUGAGAUCACAAAACGCAGUCGGAGUAAGAGAGGGGUCGGCAGUUGGUUCAAACAGGCCUGGGUUGACGUCAAAGACUUCUUCGUUAAUCUAUUCUCCAAAAGAAACAAAAAGACUGACAAAGACUUUGACUUCGAGUUCGAGAAACAACCGUCAAGUUUGCAAUACCAGUGCAAAGGGACUAAAGAUGCCAAUCGUGUCAAGAGAUCGGCUCCUACUCCUAAUUAUGAGAAUAUAGUUUACAACAAAAUGUUUUCUACACCUUUUGUUUUCAUACAAUUAUCCAACGGAUCUAUACCUGAGAUAAGAUUCAGCGAUAAAGAUAACGAUUUGUCGGUUAAAAAUUUCAAGAGACAUAUCGCAGAUACUUUCGCCACACAACUAGACGCGUCCAAACAGCGAGUGUUAGAGCAAAGUCCAAUUGGCGCUCACUUUUCCAGCUAUUCAUACGAUGACACCGAAAGGAUUGAAGAUUCACUUCAGCCAACGGCUGACGGAAUGAGUCUUAAACUAUCGUCAAGUUUCCUAUCGUUGUCUCAAACGAAAGACAUCAAACAGUUGGCAGUUAUGCGAGAUGUGGCACCCGAUGACAUGAUGGAGAUCGGGAAUGGGAUCGGAUUAAAUUACGAUUCUUCACAGAUAGGUGUCAAUGCAAAACAAAUACAGAAAAUAUCUGAAGGACGGCUUACAACCACCGCCGGACAUUUGUCGUUCUCAUUGGUGAACCCAUCAAAAAAUUUGAGGACAAAACGAGAUACAAAUGAAAAUCAAGAAGAAAUUGAGAACUAUCUCAAAGUUCGCACCAAAUAUUCACUUUCGAUGACGAAAAGAAUAACAAAGAGAUCGACAGAUGAAAAGGAAAAAUUAGAAACUUUGGUGGAAAUGGAGUCUAAACUUAACCUAAAAGGGGAAACAAUUGUUUCAGAAUCGACUUCAGAUAAUUCAUUAAAGGAAAAAUUGGAUAUGUAUCAGAAAAAUUUAAAAGAUAUGUUUACAAACAAAAAUAUUCAGCAAAUUGCUAAACUUCUUAGCGAUAAUCAAAAUCCAAUAUACAUUUUGGUGAUGAAAGCCUUAAAUUUGGAAGUAAUGCUUAAUGAAGACAAGUCUGUUUCGUCGGCCACUCGUUUGGUUAACGAUAACAUAAAUGAUAAGAAAAUUAAAGAAGUUUGUGGUCACAAGUUGUCACUUAAAAAUAAGCAAUGCUUUGACUUAAUGAUGAUUUUAGUCAAGUCUCAAUCAACUACAGCACAACUAUUACUGAUCAAUGAACUAAAAGCUGAAAGUACUAACCAGGGCAAAAACGAAAUUUUAAAACUUUUGGUUCAAACACCAAGUCCACAGAAUUGGCUCAUAAAUCAAAUGCUGGACAUUAUGAAAGCUCAGACUAAUAGCAAUGUUGAGGGAAUCCUAUUGUUAGCGAUUAGUAAUUUAGGAUAUCAUUCAAACUCCAAAGAAAUUAAGAAUAAAAUUGCAGAUAUAUUAAGAUUUAAAUUGCAUGAAAUGGACUGCAAUUCAGAUGAAGACUCAUUACUUGUGGACACAUUGGAAGCGAUUGGAAACCUCGGUUACAAUUCUACCAUUCCUUACAGCGAAAGAUUUGGUGAUUCAUGUCUUCAAUCAGACUCUAUAAGAGUGGCAGCCAUUCACUCGUGUCGACGACUUCUAACUCAUCCAUCGGUGCAGAAAUGGUUUCUUAAAUUACUUAAAGAGCCGACAAAUUCAUGUGUUAUUAAACAGGAAGUGGUGAACGCAUUGAUAGAAGACAUAAACGCAAUGGAAAUGAGUGGUCCUCAGUAUACUCGUUGGCCAAAGAUUGACUUCAAUGAAAUUGAUAACAUCUUGAGUGAGAAUCUCAUUCAAAUCAAACACAAUGAAUGCUUUCAGGAGAAUAUAAUGCGAUAUUUUGAGCGUAAAAGUGAUUCUCGAGCCAAACUUGUUGUCAAAAAGGCCAAAAGGAUUCGUUCAAAACGAGCCGUUUUUGAUAGCUUUUGGACCGAAAGUUAUUGUAAGGAUUGGGUACCAGAAGAAGGCAAGAAAGAGGGGACAAAUCCGACGCCAAGCGAUGCCUCUGUUAUAGUAUCGGACAGAAUGCGAGAAUCGGAAGACACCGAACAGUCGAGUGCAUCGUAUCUCAAACGCCGGAAAUGUUCGGCCAGUAAGUCAUUUGGACCAAACCAGGCUCAGGCACAGUUUAAGGCCGACAUAAUGACGGACGCGUCCGGUUCUGUAGAAAACCCGGACUAUAAACUAAUGGCACAAUUCGUUGCCGGCACUCACUUUCUGGGCAAAGACAUAGAUAUCGGUAAAAUGUAUGUCUACCAUAAGAAGGAUCAGUCCCGAGCCUAUGUCAACAUUUUUGGCAACACAUUAGUAGACGCGGCUACCAGUGAUUGUAAUGGCACUACAGUUCAGCCCUAUAUGGUGUCCAAUUAUUUCCCGGUUUAUGAGUUCAGUCUAUGGAUCGUUCAAAUGAGUUUAGGCAUACGAAUGAACGCACAAAUGGACUUUGAUUUACCGAAAUUCAAUUGUGCCAACAAAAAGGCUGAACAAUUGCAGACCAUUCAUUUCAAACCAGAAGCCAAGGUUAAGGCAUCGGGAGAAGUAUCCGGUAAAGUGUUGGUUAUUAGAGGUGGAAUGAAUGUGGGAGGAGAUUUCAAUUACUAUUCAAAUCUUGAUUUCGAUCCAUCGCCUCAAUUAUGUUUGUCUGUAUAUAACGGAUAUAAUCCAAUGAAUGUUAGCAUCAACUCGUGGUAUCAGUUCUGGCACCCGACGUGCUCUGAAUGGAUUGAUAAAACCAUUUGGAGUCCACUUUCGUUCAAUUGGGAGAUCAGAGACCACCACCGGAGCGCAUGGAUUGAAAAUGAAUGUCUUAUCACCAGUAAAGACGCUAGUUCUAUGCGAAAACGUAUCGAUCCGUAAAAUAUUCUGUAUAAUCAUAUUUUAUUGAAACUUAUGGUCAUUUGCUAAUUGUCUAAAAUGCAAAACUUAUUUAUUGAUGGGGUUAAACAUAAACAUGCUCGAAUG